GCUCCGGGGGGUGUGCACCUUUGCAGGGUGUGUCCUCCUGUAAAAGCCGCAGGUGUCUCGUGCUCUGCGUCUUUCCUCUUCCCUGCUCGCGUCUGUGAAGGAGGUCUCGAAGCGUCCUGAUGGAUCUGGUCUCCGUGAAGUGGAUUGUGUUGGUGCUGUGUUUGUCGGGAUGCUGCUCGGCUCAGGACGCCCUGCCGGACGGCCCCGUGGAGGCGGUCGUGGGGUCCAACGUGACCCUGAAGACUCUGCUGAAGGAGGCGGUCUACGACGUGAUCCUGUGGAACUUCAGCGACGGGAAGGACUCGAUUAACGUGGUCACGCUUCGGGCCUCGGGCCCGAAGGUGAGCGAAAGAUUCGCCGGCAGAGUCUCCGUGGACAAGGCCACCGGAGCCCUGACCCUGGGGCCCCUGAAGGUGGAGGACGGGGGGGACUACAGCAUCUCUGCGGUGGGAGACGCGACCUGGACCGGGGAGACGAAGCUCCGCGUCCUGGAGCCGGUGUCUGACGUCAUCAUCAAGUCCGACCCACUGGAAGCCAUUGAACCCAACACCACCGUGAUCCUGACCUGCACCGCCAAGGGCUCCGUUGCCAAAUUCACCUGGAUCAAUGGCACAGCACCCAUCAUGGCCGACGGCAAACGAGUGACACAGAAGGAUGUGGAGACGUCCAGCAGCUUGACCAUCAGAAACGUCCUCCGGUGGGAUCUCAUGGGUCCCAUCUACUGCUCAGCCGCUAAUACACUGGAGACGAAGAAGAGCGCCCCCUUCAACCUCACCGUCUUCUAUGGACCAGAGGAAGUCACCAUCACUCCUCCUAAGCCUAACCCUUUCAUCGAAUCCGGCUCCAACUUCACCUUGACCUGUUCGGCCCAGUCCCACCCCCCCGCCACCUUCAACUGGUACCACAACCAGACCCAGAUGAAGUUCUCUGGUCCGAUCCUCUCUCUGAAAGUCAUCGAGGGUGAAGGAUACGGGAAACAAGCGGCAGACUACACAUGCAAGGCCAGCAACACCAAAACCAACCGCAUGGUUCCCUCUCCGGCCGUCUCCUUCACCACAAUGGAGGCCGUCUCAGGCGCCAACGUCGUCGGUCCGACUUCGACCCUCAUCGCCGGGAACAGCUCGGCAAACCUCAGCUGCAGUGCGACGGCUGGCACCGUGAAGACCACGACCUGGCUGAAGGACGACCAGCCGCUGAGCGCUGGCCCCAGGGUGGUGUUUUCCAGCGACAUGAGCUCCGUCCUCAUCAACCCACUGCAGAAAGAGGACAACGGAAACUACAUGUGUCAUCUCGGCAACCCCAUCAACACCGUCACAGCCGUCUACAGGAUGGUGGUGAACUACGGUCCCGACUCAGCCACCGUGAAGGGUCCUGAGGCCGUAGAGGUCGGCGACCUUAUAGAGAUCACCUGCAUGGCUGAAUCCGUCCCUCCCGCCAACAUCACUUGGAAGUUUAAUGGCACAAUGCUCAAUGAAAAAUCAACCAAGUAUACCAUCGAGAAAGCCGAGUACCAAAACUCUGGGACGUACACAUGUGAGAUGCACAACACCAUCACUGGCAAGAUGGCCACCAAGUCCCACUUCCUGUCGGUCAAAGCCCAUGGAGCGUUGGAUGAAGGUUUGUCGGACGGAGCCAUCGCUGGAAUAGUCAUCGCCGUCCUCGUCGCAGUUGGAGCCGCCAUCGGAUUGUUCUUCUACUGUCAAGGCAAAGUGCCGGUCACGGAGUCUCCGUACUAAAGACUACCACUAAAGGCUGCUGCUGGCCCAACCAUCCCACCAUUUAGUUUCCCAUGAUCCUCCUGUGCAGCCGGGUCCAGGAUGGUCCAGGGUGGUCCAGGAUGGUCCAGGGUCCCUCUCAGUGUCUCUGUCUGUCCUCUGUCUGCUGAGGACGGGGAAACGAUGGACUCUAUCAGGACCAUGAGUCCUUCAUCUCAUUAUUUACACUUUUUGGAGCUUUGUCUUUUUCUUUGUUUUUCACCUUCAUGUGAAACUCGUCCUCCGUCCUCGGAUCUUUUCCUCCUUCUCCCCUGUCUGUCGUCCUUCAGCUUUUAUUUCGCUUCCUUCAGGAAAGUUAAGACCAGAGAAGCUGGACUGACACCGAUGAGGGACUUGGCCUGAGAGGACAAGUAGACGUCCAGGUUUCUGUGGUUUGAUUUGUCCCUCUGUCCGUCCCAGGCGGGUGGAGUUUCCCUGAUUGGAGACACAGUCCAGUCUUAAAAGAUUCAUCACUUUCAUCCAAAUACCUCAGCCUGAGAUUACUGCUAAACCUCAAUUAGAUGUCUAUGUUACUGAAGGAGUUUAGGAAUAAUUUAUAACCCAGACACACAAAUAAACCAGUUAACGCUGCGUUAACACAAGCUCAUCUGACGGACGUCAUUUGUUUGUUGCAGAGAGAAUAAUUUAACCCUGCAGAGGGCAGUAAUCUGCCCCGCAGCAUCCAAACUGACUCAAAGAAGAAGAGGACGAAGAAACAAAUGAGCAGAAGCUAAUUUCCUCCUAGAAAGUCCUGACAGAUGUUGAUGAGACUAAUAGAAAGGUGAGAAAUGUUUCCUGCAGGUAGAUUAUAUUUCAGUCCAAGGCUAAUCUGCGCUAACGAUGGAGACGAUUCCGUAUAUUAAUCUAAAGAGACCUAAAAUGAAUGAACCCUACAUCAACGAUGCUGGAGACUGAAGAUUUGAAGAAAGUAUUUAUAACAGUGACACGUGAUCAGAGUGUGAGGUCUGUCAAAGUAAAGGGAACUGAAACCAGGCGUCAGCUCCUCAGUAAUUCUUCCUCCGCCAGUUCGUUGAAAACUCUCGUCAUCGUCUACUGCGGAUGGGAGGAGGGAAGGAGACAAGAUUCAGCAUGUAGGGACGAGUGAGGUGAAGGCGAAGAAGAAAGAACCAAGAGAUAUAAAAAUGAAAAAGGCGGGAAGGAGCGGCCUCCUCUGAGUUUAGAGCCCUGAUCUCAGGGACCAGUUUAACGUGGACCUCUGGUAAUCUGGAAUAAUCUGUGAUCGUAAUCUGUGCGACUCGUCCAUGUCUGUAAUUAGUAAAGUAAUAAUUAGACCACAGAGGUCCUGAGAUAAACCAGGUCCACAGAGAACCAGACUCUCUCGGUCUUUGUUCUGUCUCUUGUCUCUUGUCUCGUCCUGAAGACGUUUAAUGAAUCCAAGUGUGGACAGAUGUUAGGGAGCAAAGAUUCGUUCACCCAUUCAGACCAGGAUGAACCCAUUAACUCCACCAUUCAUGUGUUCAUCUGCUUUAAAUACUGACAGGUCCUUGGAUCAAUAGACUCUAAUGUAGAGUUUAUUAUCCAGUAGAAAGAGGAAACUGUCCUCUGACCUGCCGCAGAGACACAACUACAGACAUUAGAGGACACCACAGGACCAGGUCCCAGGUAGAACUAGUCCCGUGAGAACAGGGUUUUAGUCGAUCCGUGUCGUCUCUGCAGGGUUUGAUGACCAGACCUCAGAUGAUUUAAGCUGUUAAUGAUGAUCUCAGACUUCAACGUGCACUGAUCUCCAGUCAGAAAAAGUAUUUAUUUUAGUUUAGUUAGAGACAGAAGCAGCUGAAGAUCAUAGCUGGUCUGCAGGACACAUGGACUUUGUGUUUUUCAGCUUGUGAGAUUUUAUAGACUGUGCCUUAUUUCCACCUGUUUGUGUCUGACACCGAGCCGAAUGUAUUAAUACCAACAUGUAGACUGGCCUGUAAGAGAAACUGUCCUUGCUGUAAAUAACAGAGGCACACUGUAAAAUGCUUUGUGACUUUUAUUUUGUGUUUGGAUUGUGUCUGUCUGGGGUUUAUUUCUGGCUGAGAUGCUUUGUGUUGCUGAUGUUUACAGAAACUGUCUCUCCUCCUUAAAGCUAAAGUUAAAUGUCCCCUCAACCAAGUCCUCUUUACCCUGCUUUGUAAAAGGCUAAAAGUUUGUUUUUAUUUUUCAUUUAAAACAAGAAACAACCAA